UUUUUUUAUAUUAUUGUUGAGUUCCAUACACCAAAAGAAAUUUUAUACGUUGUGACAAAUUCUAUUAUUACGAAAGAAAUUUUAUGACGGUAAAAGUAUAUUAUAAUAAAAAUGUUAAAUUACACUAAAUAAAGUCUCAUAAUGCACAUACUUAUUAUGUACGUAAUUACAUAUAUAUUUAUAUGUAUAUACAUAUUUUUAAUACUGUGUGAGUGUUGAAAACCAAGUAUUCCCGACUAACAUAUAUUUAUAUACAUACUUAAUAUGCAUGUAUAUACAUAUUUCAAUAUUGCAGCGUCCUCAGCACCUGCCACAGCCGCCUCCACAGCCCCAGCCACAAAAUCCACAUCUUUCUCACUCGCUUCUUCUCCUGCCCCCAUCUUCUCAACGGUUACCACCACCACGAGUGCAUCAACACCAACAGCUGAUACCUCUGCUUCAGCCGCGUCUUUUCCAUCAUUGGUAGCAAGUUCGUCAUCGGCAGCUUCAGCUGCUACUACUGGUUCAUUUACCGCUUUUGUUGUGGUUUCCACUACUGCUUCUUUGGGGACCACCAGCUCUGUUCCAAGCUUUUCUUUGUCAACUAAGGUUACAACUCCGACUUCGUCACAUGCCCCCUUGACCACUCCUGCCCCAGCAUUUAGUAUAGCCUCUACUACUGCUGCAACAACCACCGUUACCUCUACUAGUACAACUGCUAGAGUGCUCGAGCUCGAGACCCUUCUCAUAGCAGCAGAGCACAAGAAUAUUGACCUUGAAGAGCGGAUCAGUUCCCUUGAGAGGCAAUUGCAGAAGCAGAGAAGCUGUGGUGGAAGGGAGCUUCUCAAAAAGGCUUCGAGAGGCUAGUUACUGGGCCAUAAGCGGAGCCUUGACGAUGGCUUCCAUAAUAAUUGGUCUCGGGGCCACAAUUGUUGAUUAGAAGGUGAUGGCUGCUGCUAGAUUCUUCGGGUUCAUCGGAGCUGUGUUGGGCUUUGCCAUAGGACAGCUUUUGACGACGUGGUCUGACAAAAAGACCACAGAAGCUCUCCUAAAGCUUGCUAUGGCAGGCCAAUAAGCUACAGAGGAAACGGUGGAAUCAGGGCAAGAUCUUUCGGUACAGGUAGCCACAGAUAUCCCCCACCCUUGGUUGGUUGAGACUCUCAAGGGCGUUUACUUUGCUGCUGGGUCGGUCCCCUCACUGUUGUCAGCGGUUCUCAGUGCGAACUACACCCUGAUGAUGUGGAUGGUGGCAACCACCACCUUCCUCCUUAUCGGUAUUGUCGGCGAGGUCUUGGAGAAGGCUUUAGUGGUCCGGUCUCCAGUUAGGGUCGUCGCUGCUGGGUGGUAGUCGAUCGGCAUCAGCUUCGCCUCUAGCCGGAUUUACGACCGUCUUGAAAUUAGAUAAGCUAAGCUGUUAUUGAUCAAACUCUUUGGGGACCAGAUUGUAAUAAAGAAAGAAUAUUGGGGGAAAGAGUGAGAAAUAGAUA